GCUCGUUUCCAGUUAGGGGAGCGUGGGUAGGCUCGGCUCGCUUUUAAGCCAGCGGCAGCGGGAGAGAGGGGUGGAGUGUUUCCCGCCGGCAGCAGUUUGGCUGAACUGAAGAUGGAGUAGAAGCUCUUUUUAGGUUGCCUUAUCUAGCUGCAAAAUAGUGCCAAGUUUUGUAGAAUCCACUGGUGACUUUCCUCCCUUAAACGUGGGACCACUUAUUAUGUACUGAAGCAUGUUUUUACCAAGAUCUGUUAAAGUCAAGAGAACUGCUGAUGAGGACAAAAGUUGUACAGGAAAGAGAAAUAAAUUGUCUUCUGGAGGAUCUUUGCUGGAGGAGACCACUGAGUACCAAGACUGUAAGCCAGUUAGAACAGAAACUUCUGCUUCAAGAGGUAAUUUGAAUGAAGUUGCACAAGAACCUAUAGCUGGAGACUUUGGUGCUUCUAAUACAACUUUGGGAAAGGACAACCAAAAUAUUGAUGAAGAUAGCGCUUCAGAGGAGCCCAUAAAAUCCUACAGCAAAUUGCAGCGUUGGGCAGAACCUGGAGAACCCGUAUGUGUUGUCUGUGGGCGCUAUGGAGAGUAUAUCUGUGAUAAAACAGAUGAAGAUGUUUGCAGCUUGGAGUGUAAAGCCAAACACAUUCUUCAAAUUCAAGCAAAGGAAAAAAAGCUAACAUCUGAUCAGCUGGCAACAGCAGAAUCUCAAACAGAAGCUUGCCUUGAUGCACCUUACUUCUACAAAGAUCAUUCCUUUAUAUUAGGUUUGCGAGAUGAGCAGAUUGAGAACCUUAAACUGCAGCUAGGUAUUGCUGUGCAGGGCCAGCAAGUUCCAAGACCUAUUGUAGAGUUUGAACACUGUGGUUUUCCUGAAACUUUAAACCAUAAUUUAAAGAAGUCUGGCUAUGAAGUCCCAACUCCCAUCCAGAUGCAAAUGAUCCCUGUUGGACUAUUAGGGAGGGAUAUUGUGGCUAGUGCAGACACAGGGUCUGGAAAAACAGCAGCUUUCCUACUCCCUGUUAUUAUGAAGGUUUUGAAAGAGACAGAAAGUCCAUCUGCGCUUAUCCUGGCACCAACAAGAGAGUUAGCAAUUCAGAUAGAGAGACAAGCUAAAGAGCUGAUGACAGGCUUACCAAAUAUGAGGACAGUUCUUCUGGUGGGAGGUUUACCACUGCCACCACAGCUUCACCGACUCAAGCAAAAUGUUAAGGUUGUAAUAGCAACACCUGGAAGACUUCUUGAGAUUUUAAAGCAAAGUUCUGUUCAUCUGAACGGCAUAAAAAUUGUAGUGGUGGAUGAAGUGGAUACCAUGUUAAAAAUGGGUUUCCAGCAGCAAGUGUUGGAUGUUUUGGAAGGCAUCUCUCACGAUCAUCAAACCAUACUGGUGUCGGCCACCAUUCCAGUGGGCAUUGAAAACUUAGCAAAUCAACUUCUGCACAAUUUUGUGAGAAUAACAAUUGGAGAAAAGAAUCUGCCUUGUUCCAACGUCCGCCAAAUUAUCUUGUGGGUAGAAGAGCCAUCUAAAAAGAAAAAGCUGUUUGAAAUACUAAAUGAUAAGAAACUUUUCAAGCCUCCAGUGUUGGUGUUUGUGGACUGUAAGCUAGGAGCAGAUCUGUUGAGUGAUGCUGUUCACAAGAUCACAGGAUUGCAGUGUACAGCUAUGCAUUCUGAGAAGUCUCAGGUGGAAAGAACAGACAUAUUACAGGGAUUACUUCAAGAGAAGUAUGAAGUUAUAGUAAGUACUGGAGUCCUUGGACGAGGACUUGACCUGGUUAAUGUCAAACUGGUAGUGAAUUUUGAUAUGCCAUCAAGUAUGGAUGAAUAUGUACAUCAGAUUGGAAGAGCAGGGAGAUUGGGUCACAGUGGAACUGCAAUUACUUUUAUCAAUAACAACAGCAAGAAGCUCUUCUGGGACGUAGUGAAGCGAGUAAAACCAACGGGCACCAUUCUUCCUCCACAGCUGCUUAAUUCCCCUUAUCUCCAUGACCAAAAGCGAAGGGAACAACAGAGACUUAAGCAGUUACAGAACAGCCUUGUGACAGGAGAUAAUCUGAUGGACAUUAUUAGAAAACAUGACAAAAAUAAUUCUCAGAGGUAAUGAAGAUAUACUUGUAGUUAUGUUAUUAUAAUAAAAGUGUGGUUAAAAGAAAA